AUGGAGAAUGGAGCGCCACGGCCUCUAACCCUUUUCUUCAUGUUUCUGUUCAUGGGAAUCAUCCAUUCUGCCGCGGCAGCAGGCGACUCCAGCGCUCGUUGCAAAGGGAAUGAAAGGGCAGCUCUUCUCAAGCUCAAGCAAGGCCUGAUCGAUCCCAGCGGCCGGCUGUCUUCCUGGGCGGGUGACGACUGCUGCAGAUGGCGAGGCGUUCGCUGCAGCAACCGCACCGGCCAUGUCAUCCAGCUCCGACUGCGCAACCCCUCACCCUCACCUGACGACGACGACGACAACUUCUUGUCCGGGGAGAUCAGUCCUUCUCUGCCCGAGCUGAAGCACUUGAGCUACCUGGACUUGAGCAGAAACAGAUUCGAUGGAGCAAGCAUCCCACGCUUCAUCGGCUCGCUGACGAGCUUGCGGUACCUGAACCUCUCCGACGCAACCUUCGGCGGCACGAUUCCACAUCAGCUCGGCAACCUUUCUCGCCUGCAGUACCUUGAUCUCCACUGGCUCUCCCUCCCUCCUCGUCCUCUCGUCGUCGAUAACUUCCACUGGAUCUCUCGUCUCUCCUCCUUGAGGUACCUCGACAUGUCCGCCAUUAACCUUUCGGCAGCAGGCGAUUUGUUCGACGAAGUAACCAAGCUUCCGAAGUUGUCAGUGCUGCGCCUUUUCAAUUGCCAGCUACUUCGCCUUCCUAAUACUCUUCCUCCAUCUGCUAACUUCACAUCAUUUACAACCCUGGAUCUUAGCUCAAAUUAUUUGGGUCCUCUACUCCCCAGUUGGCUGUUCAACAUCAGCAAUCUCAAGAGUAUCGAUCUCUCCUUCAACCAGUUCCAAGGCCCGAUCUCUGGCUUUGGGAAUUUGGCUUUUCCCUUCAGUGCAGACAUCUCGAAUUUUGACAAGCAGUUGUCUGGAUGUGUCAGAAACAGCUUGCAGGUAUUAAAUCUGGCGAACAAUGCUCUAGGUGGUGCAGUUCCUGAUUGGAUUGGGGAGCUCAGGAAUUUGAAGUCUCUGCAUCUUGAGGACAACUUGCUCUGUUGUCUCAUUCCUCCAUCUCUUGGAACCCUGUCGUCACUGAGCUUCCUCUACCUAGGCAACAACAUGUUACAGGGGCCAAUUCCUGAAUCUUUCGGGCAGCUCUCGGAGCUAAUCGUGUUGGAUGUCGGCUUCAAUCAACUCUCUGGCAUCGUCUCCGAUGUGCACUUCAGCAACGUAACAAAGUUAGAAGCUCUGCUCCUGUCUUCGAACUCGCUGGUUCUCAGAUUCAGCUCUAGUUGGCUUCCUCAUUUCCAGCUCAAGAACAUUCACCUGGGCUCCUGUGUUCUGGGACCGCAGUUCCCGGCAUGGCUGCGGACGCAGAGGAUGUUCUCGACGAUGGACAUGUCCGACGCCGACAUUUCUGCAGCCGUGCCAGAUUGGUUUUGGAACUCAUCAUCACGAGUCUACUAUUUUAAACUCUCGCAUAACCAUAUACGAGGCGUCAUUCCCGACACCUUCACGUUUAAGAACGCCGCCAUCAUCGAUCUCCAGUCGAACCAAUUCCAUGGCUCACUACCUCUCAUUGGCAAUGGGGUGAGUUACCUCUAUCUUUCAGACAAUUCCUUCUCCGGAGAUCUUCGUCCAAUACUCAAUAAUAUGACUGAUUUGUGGAGCGUUUCGCUUUCGCGAAACCAUAUUUCUGGUACGAUUCCAUCCUCCAUCUGUGAGAUGCAGAUGUUGGAAGUGCUCGACUUAUCGAGUAAUCUCUUAUCAGGAGAAAUCCCUCGCUGCUCGAAAGUCACUACAGGAUUAGGAUUCUUUUCUGUCCUUAAUCUUGCGAACAACAACUUAUCGGGAACGAUUCCUCAAUGGAUUGGCACGGAGAGCUUCCUGGGAUCCUUGCACUUGAACAACAACAGUCUUCAUGGGGGUAUACCUUCUUUGGAGAAAUGCACUUACCUGUACAUCCUUGAUCUUGGAGAGAACAGCUUGAAGGGAAGCAUUCCACCAUGGAUCGGAGAAAGCCUAACACAUCUUAAGAUGCUUCGUCUUCGAUCGAACAUGCUCGGUGGAAUUAUUCCAGAUCAAUUAGGACUACUCUCCGAACUUCAAGUGUUGGAUCUUGCAGGGAACAAUUUCGCAGGAACAGUUCCUCACUGGAUUGCCAAUCCAAGUGCCAUGGUCUCAACAGAUAAGCGUAUCACUGAGUUCUUCGUUACGCCUGAUUCAGGUAACACAGUGGACUACGUAGGGAUCGAGCUGACGGCAAUAUAUCAAGAGAGCUUGUUGGUGACCAUCAAAGGAAGAGACCUAGAAUACAGCAACACACUUUCUUUGGUGAUGUCCAUGGACCUGUCUGCAAACGAUCUACAUGGACAAAUCCCGGAUAGCAUCACAGAUCUUGUUGGGUUGCAGAGCUUAAACUUAUCAGGUAACAGAUUGAAAGGAAGUAUUCCAAGGAAGAUUGGCAACCUGCAACAGCUAGAAUCUCUUGAUCUCUCGAAGAACCUACUCGAUGGGGAGAUCCCAUCGAGCAUUUCUGCGUUGAAUUAUCUGAGCUACUUGAACCUGUCAUAUAACAAACUAUCAGGGAGGAUUCCGGUGGGCAACCAGAUGCAGACUCUUACCGAUCCAACCAUAUAUGCCGGCAACCCUGAUCUCUGUGGAACACCAUUGACGAAGAAGUGCACAGGGGAUGAAGUACCAGGAUCUGAUGAACCAGUGUUGGAUACAAGAAACAGUGAUGAGUCUGAGACUCUAUGGUGUUUCAUUGGCAUGAUGAUAGGAUUUGUGGUUGGAUUCUGGACAUUUUGGGGCAUCCUGUCGUUGAAGAAGGCUUGGAGGAUUUCAUAUGUGGGAGAGGAUGAAGGAGAUCAAGCAUCAUCUUCUCUAGCAGUGAUCCACACGGCGAGGGCUACGAAGACGCUCCUCAAAUCACUAUCCAAAUCUCUACACCUGCUAUUUAAGGAGGAGAAUGGGAGAGGAGAAUAG